CAACAUGCAUGUUAAAUUGGGGGUCGCGACUCAAAAAGGUUGAGAACUACUGGAUUAGAAAACCCUGCAUAGUAUACACUUGUAGUACUGUAUUUGAGGAAAUGUUGUAACUUACAUUUAUCACUUACUGCAGUCUCUCUCUGUUCAUUCACUCCUAGAUUACCGUUUCUAUGCAGUCUCCUGAUGGAAACCAGCUCUGGUGCCCUGGCCAGUCCCUGUGGAGCCUAAUUGGUGAACAUGUUCCUGAGUCAGGGCUGCCAAAGAUCCACACAGCACUGGGCCACUCCCUGGUUGACAUGUACACAGAGGUACACACUGAGGCGGAGAGGUGGCACAAGCUGUGGCAGCAGAGCCAGCAAGGCAACAGCUUGAGCAGGGCAGGGACCCCACUCCCACGCCAGCAGGCCCCUCUAGCUGACCCCCCUGUAGUCAAAGAGCUGCUGAGAGCCGAGGUCAAGAUGUUACUGCAGACUCUGAGAGAGAGAGCCAGCAUGGAGGGAAGAGAUGGUGAGGAGCUCCUGUUUCGGUACAAACCUGAGUCGGUGCACUACGCCCUGAGUCACCUUGACAGCUGUUACAGAAACUGUAGCAGCCCUGGAGAUACUGAUAAUGAGAGCAGACCGAGCUCUCACUGCUCGGUCCAGUCCGAUGCUGAAGACCAGAUUGAGGCAAUGAGAGACAAGCUGAAUGUGAUUGACAUCGACCAGGUGGUGGACCGUCUCAGGUCUCUCCUGAUGGAUGAAUCUGAAGCAUUGAAGAGGCUGGUGAAGCAUUUUAAGGGAGGUAUUAUACAAAAGUGUGGGAGUCAAUGUGAAUUUGAUAAAUCAGAACCUACUCUUGCAGAUUUGAAAGACCUAAGAGGAGCUCUACAAACGGACUUAAAGCUCCGCCCCUCUUCGCUUGCUGAUUCACCGUCAGCCGCCUCCCCUCUCCGUUCGAAGGAAUUGAAAAACAGGUUAAGACUGUCGGCUGGAAAAAGGGUUCCUGUUUCUGAUGAGACUUUGCGAACUUUAAGCACAACAUCAGCCCUGAGACCACAUCCCCCUCCUCCUCCUCUGAGCCAUGCUAAACCCAGGCCCCCGCUCAGAACUCCUCCUAACAAGACCUCUGCACCAGCUAAACUCAUAAAUAGUUCUUCAGUGUCUCACGGACAGCAGAGAAGCACAUCUGCCUCCACUGAAGCUCAGAAAACACAAACGCCUAUCUGCAACAGGAUCAUCACUCCUGGGCAUGUGAGCAGCCACUCCCUGACUACUAGUCCUAGUUUUCACAUGACGUCUCCAAGAAAUUCACCAAUCCACAAAACCCAUAUGUCACCCGAACGCAGCAUUCACAGCCUGAGCAGGAAGUGUGAUCUGUUGCCACAUAGGGAGAGAAGAAGCAGCCCUGCCUGGAGGUCAAGGAACAUCAGUACUGUCUCCUCAUCCCCUCGCUGUGAUGCAGAUUCGACAGGGAAAUCAAAGACACAAAAUGGGCAACAGAGUCGUAUUUGCAGAGGGAGUUUAGUGUCAGCAACAGUGCAGACAGAUAACGAGAGAAGGAAAAAUACUUCUGAGCGUCUCCAGUCUGCAACUCCUGCACAAACUGUCGGUGGAAAGAGCAACAAUAGAACGGAUCAAAAAUCGAAAAUCACCAAACAGCAAAGCCUAGUAGCCACAUGCACCCACCCUGCAUCUACACAGACAAGUGGACAGUUGUUUACUUAUCCUCAAAGACCACUUGAGGGCGCCACAAGUCAGACACAAAGUGUCCAAGAGGAACAGACACAGCUGGAGUUUAUCAGCAAGUUUUACCAGCCAGUUCCUCCUGCAAGGGUGUCAACUUAAGACCAGACAGCUGAUCCUGAAACAGGAUGAUAGUCCUGUUGAAGGAAGAAUGCAAGAGAGCUUGUCUUUUAUGGGAUUAAAAAAAUGUGGACACAUUGUAUCUUCUGGACAUUUUUUCUGUUUUUACAUUGUGAUAAGACAUCACUGAAUCACUGUUAUAUUUGGGAGCAUGGUAACUUGCAUAUGUUGUUUUUAUUCUAGAAUAAUCUCACAUCUGUGUCUUGUCCUCACAGGGCUUUUUCCACAAAGCAAGAAUCAAAAUGAACUUACACUGUCAGUAAUAUGCCGACAAUUAAUAUGAGUGCUUGUAAUUUUGCAUUGUCUAAAUAUUUGAUUUAAAAAUGUGGGCUAUUUAUGAAGGUGAAAAGAAUCCUGAAGGUGUUUAUCCAACUGUCCUUACAGAAGCACAAAGCAG